AUGUCGCACAACGAUACGAUCCCGCUUUAUCAGUCGUCUCAGUCGGACAUCGACGAGAUUGAGAAUAUGAUGAGCGACAGUUUCCAAUCAGGUCCCGGAACCGUCCUCCCUGCUCGUCCUCCAAGCCCGAUCCGUCCCUCGAUACCGGUUUCUUCAUCGCCGUUCGUCCAAUCGAACCUUCCACCGAUUCCGCCGUCUUCCUCCUCAGCUCCGAAGGUGAUGCCUGUCCCAGUCCCUCCGUCGCUUCCGCCGGCAGGAAAUUUCGGCAGCUCGGAAGGUCCCAAGACCAUCGGAGGGAGCGGAUUCGGACCUCCGCCAAACACAUUGACGGAGCCUGUGUGGGAUACUGUGAAGCGAGAUCUGUCUCGGAUCGUGAGUAAUCUGAAGCUUGUGGUGUUUCCGAAUCCGUAUAGGGAGGAUCCUGGGAAGGCUCUUAGGGAUUGGGAUCUAUGGGGACCGUUUUUCUUCAUUGUGUUCUUGGGGCUUACUCUUUCGUGGUCUGCUUCUGUCAAGAAGUCCGAAGUAUUUGCUGUGGCAUUUGCACUACUUGCAGCUGGGGCAGUGAUCCUCACACUAAAUGUGCUGCUCCUGGGAGGACAUAUAAUAUUUUUCCAAAGCCUAAGCCUUUUGGGUUACUGUCUAUUCCCACUGGACGUUGGAGCAGUGAUCUGCAUGUUGAAGGACAAUGUGAUACUCAAAAUGAUCGUUGUGUGUGUGACUCUUGCCUGGAGCUCUUGGGCCGCUUAUCCGUUCAUGAGCGCCGCCGUGAACCCGAGAAGAAAAGCUCUCGCACUUUACCCGGUCUUCCUCAUGUAUGUCUCUGUCGGCUUCUUGAUCAUUGCCAUUGAUUAA